AUACAAAUCCUCUGUCUCACUAUACACCUCACAAACAUCAUCAACACAACUCACCAAAUAACAACAACAACAAAAAAAAAAAAGCAGGCCAAAAUAUUGCCUUUUGAAACCUUAUUUUAUACACUUUUAAACAAUUACAACUUCAACUUCAUUUUGUUAAAAUUGUUGUCACCAUGGCAACAAACUCAUCAUCAUCACCUACAACAACAACAAGGAAAGAAGGCCAAGGUCUCUUAAUGGGCCGGUACGAAAUCGGUAAAUUACUUGGCCAUGGCAGUUUUUCUAAAGUAUAUUUGGCUCGAAACGUGAAAACAAAUGAAUUUGUUGCAAUAAAAGUGAUCGACAAAGAACAAAUAUUAAAAGGUGGUUUGAUAUCGCAUAUCAAACGUGAAAUAUCAAUUUUGAGACGUGUUAGACACCCGAAUAUUGUACAACUUUUUGAGGUAAUGGCAACAAAAGCUAAAAUAUUUUUUGUUAUGGAAUAUGUUAAAGGAGGUGAACUAUUUAAUAAAGUUGCUAAAGGUAGAUUAAAAGAAGAAAUAGCUAGAAAUUAUUUUCAACAAUUAAUUUCUGCUGUAGGAUUUUGUCACGCACGUGGUGUUUUUCAUAGAGAUUUAAAGCCAGAAAAUAUCUUGCUAGAUGAAGAUGGUAACUUAAAAGUUUCGGAUUUCGGAUUAAGCGCGAUUUCGGACCAAAUUAGAGGUGAUGGGUUGUUUCAUACGUUUUGUGGGACGCCAGCUUAUGUGGCUCCAGAGGUUUUGGGCCGAAAAGGUUAUGAAGCGGCCAAAGUUGAUGUUUGGUCUUGUGGUGUGAUUUUAUUUGUAUUAAUGGCUGGUUAUUUGCCAUUUAAUGAUCAAAAUGUUAUGGUUAUGUAUAAAAAAAUUUAUAAAGGAGAAUUCCGGUGUCCCAGAUGGUUCACACCGGAAUUAACACGCUUAUUAAAGCGCCUCCUGCAGACAAAUCCUGAGAAAAGGAUCACAAUACCUGAAAUUAUGGAAAACCGUUGGUUUAAAAAGGGGUUUCAAGAUGUUAAAUUUUAUCUAGAGGAUGAUAAAUUAUAUAGUGUGCCUCAUGGUGAAAUUGAAGCCGAUGUUAUUGAUUAUUCAUCGGGUUCGGAGUCACAAACAAUACCCGAGGCCCGGAAGCAGUUGCGAGUAUCGGCGUCGAUGCCGAGGCCCGCGAGUUUGAACGCGUUUGACUUGAUAUCGUUUUCUCCGGGUUGUAGUUUAUCCGGGUUGUUUGAGGACGGGGGCGAGGAGUCACGGUUCGUGUCAAGUGCAUCGGUUCCUAACAUAAUCUCGAAACUUGAAGAGAUUGCGAAAGGGGUUAGUUUCAAAGUACGUAAAAAAGAUUUUCGAGUUAGUUUGGAAGGGUCAAGAGAGGGAGAGAGAGGUCCCUUAACUAUAGGUGCUGAGAUAUUCGAAUUAACACCAAAUUUAAGAGUGCUUGAACUUAAAAAGAAAGCCGGAGACAGAGUCGAAUACGAUGAGUUUUUUGAUCGUGAACUCAGGCCCGGAUUAAGAACAUUGAUGUUGCCGGAUCCCGUCUCCAUAGAACCAAAUAAAGAAUGAUUUGGAGUCCAUUUAUCGGACCCAAAGAUUGGUUAUAUUGACCAUGGGCACAACAGGGUGACCCUUAACUUGAUUAGGAUUUUGGCAAAAAUGAUCUUGAUUAGGUGAUUAUUAUUAUGUAAUAUAUGUAUUUGACAAAAGUAUAAAAAUAAUGCUUUUUGUUCAUGGAUGCUUGUGUCAUUGUAAUUGUAAAUUUCUAAAAUUUUAGUAUAUGACUUGUUGUAAGGUUCUUCUUUGA